AAACAAGUGAACAGCUAAAAUUCAAAAGCAUCUGGUCACAUUAUAGUUUCAUGGAGGUUCACUUUUCCUUCCAAGUGUUUCUAUCCUUUGCUUUGGUAGUAAUUUUUGGACUCGUUUUCAGAGUAUACAGUUCCCUUGUUACAAAGCCACACCGACUCCGCCAGGCCUUCAAAAAGCAGGGCAUCGGUGGGCCACCGUCAAAUUUUCUACUUGGAAACAUCUCUGAUAUCAGAAGAGCUCGAAUCUCAGCCCCUAAGGCGGGGGCUGCCACCCCCUCACCACCGUUUUUUCAUAAUUGUGGACCUGCUCUAUUCCCCAUUUUUUAUGAAUGGAGGAAGCAAUACGGUGAAAUAUUCAUGUUCUCCCUUGGUAAUAUACAACUACUACAUGUGAAUCAAUAUGAUAUAGUAAGAGAGAUAAGUACAUGCACAUCACUGGAUUUGGGUAAGCCUAAAUAUCAAGCAAAAGAGUUCCAUUCUUUGCUUGGUGACGGCAUUUUGACUUCAAAUGGCAAUUUCUGGGCUCGUCAGAGGAAGAUUCUUGCUCCUCAACUUUUCAUGGACAAGGUUAAGGGAAUGAUAAGUUUAAUCCAACAGUCUACAAUCAUAUUGAUAAACUCAUGGAAAGAUGUGAUUGAUGAUCAAGGUGGUGUAGCAGCAGAUAUUAAAAUUGACAAUUACCUGAAGAAAUUCUCCGGUGAUGUAAUUUCCAGGGCUUGUUUCGGAAGUAGCUAUUCUGAAGGGCAACAUAUUUUUCAGAAACUAAGAGAUCUUGAGAAAAUUUCAUCCAAGAAAGUUUUAUCUACAGGGAUUCCAUGCAUGCGUUAUAUCCCUACACAGAGCAAUAGGAGAGCAUGGGAAUUAAAGAAAGACAUAAAAGCACUGAUAUUGAAGCUGGUAAAUCAGAAAAACGAAGCCACAUCGGAGAAUAAUCUGAUGCAAAGGGUUGUUGAAGAAGCUGAGAGCGUCGAUUUUAUCGUAGACAACUGUAAAAACAUUUAUUUGGCUGGAUACGAAACUACUGCUAUUGCAGCCACUUGGUGCCUCAUGCUAUUAGCUUCAAAUCAAGAAUGGCAAGAUCGUGUAAGAGCAGAAGUUCUUGAAAUCUGCAACGGCCGAAUCCCAAAUUCCGAUUCCAUCAAGAAGAUGAAACAGCUGACAAUGGUCAUCAAUGAAUCACUAAGACUUUAUCCACCGGUGGCUGUUGUGUCGAGAGAGGCAUUAAAAGACUUGAAAUUCGGGAAUACUUACAUUCCAGAGGGUGUUAACAUUUGGAUAAUGGUGACAAGUUUGCAUACAGAUCCAGAUAUAUGGGGGCAAGAUUCUUACGAGUUUAAGCCAGAAAGGUUUUCGAAUGGUAUAAGUGGUGCAUGCAAACUCCCACACUUGUACAUGCCGUUUGGAAUCGGGCCGAGAAUAUGCUUGGGAAUGAACCUAGCAUUGGUUGAACUCAAGAUUCUUCUCUCUCUCAUCUUGUCUGAUUUUUCGCUCUCUCUCUCUCCAAAAUAUGUUCAUGCUCCUUCUUUGCGUUUGGUCAUCGAGCCCGAAAAUGGAGUUGAUCUUGUUAUGGAAAAGCUCAAUUCCCCUGUUAUUGCUUGAUUUUACUGUAUGUGUAUAACUUAUAAGAGCAUAUAAAAUUUUAAAUAAAAAGCCAAUUUCCAUGUUAAUCUUGAUUCUUGCACCAAUAAUUUUUUUCCUCUUCAAUGGAACCAAAUAUUCUGAUGAAAAUACCAGUUUCCAGAGCAACAUAUACAUUUUCGAAAUAUUACAGGUUUCAUCCCUUAACUUUGCACCAAUUUCAUAUUUGGUCCCCCAUGUUCACAACAAAUACAUUUGGUCCCUUAUGUUUCAAUAAUUUAACACUUUUGGUCAUUUCCGCCAAUUUAACGUUAGUUCAUCAGUUAAGGCAGUUAUGGCAACACGUUUGGUUCCGUUAGUACU